UGUGUAGUGUGUUUGAAGACGUUUAACAAUUCAAGCGCGCUAGCCAAACAUAAGUUGAUUCACAGUGAUGAUCGUAAAUAUUGUUGCCCCGUCUGUACCAAGUCAUUCAAAAGACAGGAUCAUCUUCACGGACACAUGAUGACUCACUCGACGAAGAAACCUUACGAGUGCCAGUUUACGCAAUGCGACAAGAGUUAUUGCGAUGCACGCAGUCUUCGUCGUCAU